AGGAGGUGUGACUAGGACCAGAAGCAGAUGUCCAGGUGAAGUCUGUGAGUUUUGUCAAAGACAAUGAUAAUCAGAUCUACUUGAAAGAUUAAGUGAAUUGAUUUGACUGGAAAGUUCUCUCAACAGUCAGCUAAUAGAUGACCAAGAAAAGACGGAACAACGGGCGAGCCAAAAAGGGCCGUGGCCAUGUGCAGCCGAUCCGCUGUACGAACUGCGCCCGGUGCGUGCCCAAGGACAAGGCCAUCAAGAAGUUCGUCAUUUGGAACAUCGUAGAGGCCGCUGCUGUCAGGGACAUAUCCGAAGCCAGCGUCUUCGACGCCUACGUUCUUCCCAAGUUCUAUGUCAAGCUGCAUUACUGUGUGAGCUGUGCUAUUCAUAGCAAAGUAGUCAGGAAUCGAUCUCGGGAAGCCCGGAAGGACCGAACCCCCCCACCACGAUUUAGACCUGCUGGUGCUGCACCACGACCGCCACCAAAGCCCAUGUAAAGAGAUGGCUUCAAGAAGACAGAAGAAAAGAAACGCCUUGGAAAAAUAAAAUGAGCCUUUAUAUUUCAAAAAGAAAGAAAGAAAGAAAGAAA